AUGAGGCUGAUUAUCCGCGACGACGCCGACGCUGCCAGCGCCUAUGUGGCCAACUACAUCGUCGACAGGAUCAAGCACUUCAGUCCCACCCCCGCACACCCAUUCGUGCUUGGCCUGCCUACGGGAAGCAGUCCCUUGGGCGUAUAUAAGAUUCUUGUUCAGAGGUACAAGGCCGGAGAGAUCUCGUUUGAAAAUGUCAUCACCUUUAACAUGGACGAGUACGUCGGGAUCCCGAGGGACCACCCCGAGAGCUACCACUCCUUCAUGUGGAAGCACCUCUUCUCCCACGUAAACAUCCACCCCAACAACGUCAACAUCCUCAACGGCAACGCGCCCAACCUGGAGGCCGAGUGCGUCGCCUACGAGGCCAAGAUCAAGGCCGCUGGCGGCAUCGACCUCUUCCUCGCCGGCAUCGGCGAGGACGGCCACAUCGCCUUCAACGAGCCCGGCUCCAGCCUCGCGUCCCGCACCAGGGUCAAGACGCUCGCCUACGACACCAUCCUCGCCAACUCCCGCUUCUUCGACAACGACGUCAGCAAGGUGCCUCGCCUCGCCCUGACCGUCGGCGUCCAGACCGUCCUCGAGGCCCGCGAGGUCGUCGCCAUCAUCAUCGGCGCGCGCAAGGCGCUCGCCCUCCAGAAGUGCAUCGAGCAGGGCGUCAACCACAUGUGGACCCUCUCCAGCCUGCAGCUGCACCCCCACCCGAUGCUCAUCGUCGACGAGGACGCGACGCUGGAGUUGCAGGUCAAGACUGUCAAGUACUUCAAGAGCAUCGAAAAGGUCGCAAAGGCCGAGGGCUUCGAGCAGAUCCUCCCGUCCAAGAUCCGCACCGGUCCGGGCCCCAUCCCCGUGACGGUCGUCGACGAGGUUUCGACCCCGACAAUCCACCACCCUCAGCCCACCACCUCCCGUCUCCUCAGAGCGUCUCCCGCCACGGAGUACCCCGUCCGCUCGGUGUCCCCGGAUAUUGAGCUCGUCUUCGAGAGCAUGGAGUCCCGCACAAAGACCCCAUCAGAGCAACAGCUCCGGGCCGUGACGCCCGACCUCGUCACCGACAGGAUGGCCAACCGCAUCCCCGAGCCGGCCCUGGCAAGACGGUUGACGCCGAACCCCGAGCAGCAGCAGUCGUCCAUUUCAAGAUCAAACACCCCCGAUCUGGUACCCGAUCGCAUGGCUUCCCGCAUCCCCGAGCCGGCGCUUGCGCGGCGGUUGACUCCUAACCCGGAGCAGCAGCUGCGGGUGAACGCCGUUGGCGCCUAG